AUGUCUCCGCGUGCCAUCAACAUUAGCGGCUGCGUUGACGCGGUGUGUUUUGAUAAGACUGGCACGCUGACGGAAGACGCCAUUGACCUGCACGAGAUUGUCCAGGUCAAAGAAGAUGAUAACGAGGCAUCCUUUGAGGCGCCCAUUAAAGAAGUGGGCUCGUUGUCUUUGGACAGCCCUUGGGCUCGAUGCCUCGCCUCGACGCACUCGCUGAAGGUUCUGCUGACCAGUGGUGGAGGAAGUGAUGGUGAUAAUGUUGAUAAUGAUAAGCAACAGCAGCAGCAGCUGAUAGGCGAAGACCUCGAGCUGAAGCUCUUCCACUGGACGGGCUGGUCGCUGGAGGAGCCAGAGGCGGGCAGUGAGGCGAGGUACGGCGGAUACACAGUGCCCACGGUGGUCAGCUCGCCUGAUGGACGUCGAAAGGUGGGCGUCCUCAAGCAGUUCCCUUUCACCUCAAAAGCGGCUCGAAUGAGCGUCAUUGUGAAGAGCUUUGAGCCGCAAACAUCUCCUGGAGAGGAGUCAGUAGAGUUUUUCAUCAAGGGAGCCCCCGAGAUGAUUGUAAAGAUGUGCCAGCCUGAAACUGUGCCCGCCAACUUUGCCGCCAAGCUGGAGGAGUACACGCGAAGGAGCUACCGAGUGCUGGCGAUUGCCACUCGAAAGUUAGAAGAUAAUUUAAGUCCAGCCCAGCUGGAGGCCAACUCUAUGGAGGUCUACGAACAGGGGCAGGGACUGCACUUUCUCGGCCUGGUAGUGCUGAGGAACAAGCUGAAGGUGAGCACAGCGGCCACUAUUGCCGCCCUGAACGAGGCCCGCAUUCGCUCCAUCAUGGUCACCGGCGACAAUCUGAUGACGGCGCUCAGCGUCGCCAGAGAGUGCUCCAUUACAGUACCUGGUGAGGAGGUGAUCAUCCUUGAAGCCUCAUCGACCACGGAACUUGGUGCUGGUGGUGAUCAGAGACCGGUGCUGAGGACGAGGCGCUACGAAAGUGAUUCCAGUGGUGGUGAUGGUGAAGAAGAGGAAGUGAACAAAGUCCUUUCCCAAGUCUCAGUCGGCAUAGAACCUAAUGAGCGGUACCAACUGGCGAUGACCGGUCAGACCUUUAAGGUGCUCCGGGAGCACUACCCCGAGCUGCUCAGCUCGGUAAUGGUGCGAGGGGCGGUGUACGCGCGCAUGGCGCCCGACCAGAAGCAGCAGCUGGUGGAGCAGCUGCAGACGGUCGGCUACUACGUGGCCAUGUGCGGCGAUGGCGCCAACGACUGUGGCGCCCUCAAAGUCGCCCACGCCGGUGUUUCCCUCUCUGAUACGGAGGCAUCGGUAGCCUCGGCCUUCACCUCGCUGACCGGGGAGAUUUCCUGCGUGGUGGACCUGCUGCGCGAGGGUCGCGCCUCGCUGGUCUCCGUCUUUGGCAUUGUCCGCUACAUGGCCUGCUACAACAUUACCACCUUUCUGGCGAUUUGCAUUCUCUACUGGUACCACUCAGCGCUGACGGACAUUCAGAAUCUCUACCAGGACAUUGCCAUCAUUUCGGUGUACAUCUUUCUCUUCGGUCGCACCUUUCCCUACGACAAGCUGUCUCCAAUCAGGCCACCCACCUCCCUCAUCGGCAUCUCUCAGUUCUCCUCGAUUCUCCUGCAGCUAGCUCUGGUGGCCGUCUUUCAGUUUGCCACCGUUUGGAUGCUGCACAGUCAGCCGUGGUACGUGGCCAAAAAUGGAACGGAAAAUGAGGCGGAGACGGACAAUGACGACUACGUCUGCCACGACAACUACGCGCUCUUUAUUAUUCAAGUCUUUCAGUACGUCACACUGGUGAUCAUCUUCUCCAAGGGUGCCCCCUACCGUCGACCCUUCUACAAGAAUCGCUUUUUGACGGCAGCCAUUGUGCUGACCACGGCCAUCACACUGGCGCUGGUGCUCAGUCCGGAAAAGCCUUGGCCUGGAGUGGCCAGAUUUUUUGGGUUGGCCUAUGAGGGUUUUCCACUCUCCUUCCGCGGCCAAAUAAUUGCUCUAAAUGUGGCGCACUUUGUGGUGGCCAUUCUCGCCGAG